AUGGUCCAAAUCUCUGCUGCCUUGGUAGUUAUCAUUCUCCUCGCGCCACUCAUCGACGCUGCACCAGGAAAACGUUCUUCUAACGUGACUGCGUCUGACUCGGAAACUUCUGCGUCUGCUAGUACCAUAGAUCAGACGGUCACCGUGUCGUCGACGGACACGGCAGCGUCAUCGACUGCGACCGUUCCUUUCGCUAGUUUGGACCCAAAUGAGGUGCUUUGGAACGAGACCAGUAGUCCCUCAGUGGUCUCUGCGGAACGCGGCAAGCUUGGAGCAUCCGUCCUUGGCCCAGACAACAUUCCUCUUGACCUCCAAAAUCCCGACACAUUGGCCCCUCCAACCACGGACUCUGGGACAAUUUCAAACGCGAAAUGGCCUUUUUCUUUUAGCCACAACCGUUUGCAGACAGGCGGCUGGGCUCGUCAAGAGAACAUUGGGGUGAUGCCAAUCGCGACCCAAAUGGCCAGCGUCGAUAUGAGAUUGGAAGCCGGAGCCAUUCGUGAGCUGCAUUGGCACAAGACUUCGGAAUGGGCCUAUGUUUUGAAGGGUUCCACACAGGUGACCGCUGUUGAUACCGAAGGUCGAAACUUCAUCGCUACGGUGGGCGCUGGUGACUUGUGGUACUUCCCUCCUGGUAUUCCGCACUCUCUCCAAGCUACUGCUGACGACCCAGAUGGUUCCGAAUUCAUCCUGAUCUUCGACGAUGGAGCAUUCAGCGAGGACUCUACGUUUUUGUUGACUGACUGGCUUGCUCAUGUUCCAAUGGAAGUCCUCGAAAGGAACUUCCUCUUCAACAACUCUGAGGCUUUUGCACACAUUCCGGCUCAGGAGCUCUACAUUUUCCCGAGCACUCCUCCUGCCGAUGAUGCAUCUGAUCCUGUAAGCCCGCAAGGGACGGUACCAAAUCCCUUUUCUUUUGCACUGUCCAAGGCAAACGCCACCCAACUGUCAGGCGGGUCCGUCAAAGUCGUGGAUUCUACGACUUUUACGGUUUCGACUACUAUCGCUAUGGCUGAGGUCACGGUUGAACCUGGGGCUAUCCGUGAGUUGCACUGGCAUCCAACCCAGGACGAAUGGAGCCUUUUCAUUGAGGGAGAGGGGAGGAUGACGAUAUUUGCGUCCCAAGGCACGGCUAGGACGUUCAACUACCAGCCUGGUGACAUCGGUUAUGUUCCCGCUUCCAUGGGACACUACGUUGAAAAUACCGGAAACACGACGAUGAAAUACCUGGAAAUCUUCAACUCGGAUCGGUUUGAGGAUAUCAGUCUGAAUCAGUGGCUGGCAUUGACUCCACCGGACUUGGUAAAGGCGCAUCUGGACUUCGAUGAUGCCACUAUCGCGCAGCUUUCCAAGACUAAGCCGACUGUGAUGGGGCCCGGAUCGUCGGUCUGAAUUUUGUUUUUCAAAAUUCCUUCAAGCAUUCGUAUCUAUGUAUAAAUUUAUUACUGCC